AUGGGGCUCUCCAAAACCCUUCUUACCUCCAUCUCCUUUGUCCGCGGCCGCCCUGCUGACCUUCGGAAAUUCUUCGAGCCUACAGCAGCUCGGGGUAGGACUGUUUGGCCGAAGACAGCUGCUGAUCUACUUCGGUUCGGCGUUCGCUGGGACUAUGACGGCGUGGUUACCAAGGACGAUGGGAAGGAAUAUCAUAAAUAUCAGCUUCAACCUAAUGCCGGCAAAAUCCCUUCGUCGAUUAAACAAUGGCGCGAUAACAACGGUGGAACUCAUGCUGUGAUGGCUAUAAUGUAUAUUCCCAAGGGCGCACCAAUCGACGGUCAGGUAUUUGAGGAAGAGGCAAUGGAGGCUAUCAAGGAUAUCUAG